AUGAGCCCAAAAUACCACAAGCUCGUUGGAAAGCAUGUCUUGAUUAUCGGAGGGACUUCUGGAAUGGGUUACGCGGUUGCCGAAGCGAGCUUAGCAUCUGGAGCUCAUGUAACGCUUUCAUCCUCGAAUCAGAGCCGCGUCGAUGAAAGGGUCAAAAAGCUCCAACAAGACUACCCUGCCAGCAAAGUCCAGGGCUUCGUGUGUGAUCUCUCACGCAGCAGCCUUAAACAAGAUAUUGAAGAGCUCUUUGAAAAAGUCGGCAAACUCGAUCAUAUUGUUUUCACUGCAACGGAGCCGCCAAAGAUGCUCACAUACGAUGAGAUCACACUCGAAUACUGGCGAGAUGCAGGGCAGAUGCGUCUUUUUGCACCAUUCUUCGUGGCCCAAGUAGGCUCAAAAUACCUCAAUCUCGGGCCCGAGUCUUCGAUUGUUCUAACUACUGGAACAUCGUCCGAAAAGCCAAUUGCGGGAUGGCCAGUGGUCGCGUCUUACGCGGCCAGCCUGAAAGGAUUGACCCGCAAUUUGGCCUUGGACUUGAAGCCUAUCCGUGUCAACAUUGUUAGUCCCGGCUUCGUCGAGACAGAAUUGUGGGACCAUCAGCCAGAGGAGGCCAGAAAGGGGCUCUUUGAAUGGGUCAAGACGGCGACAGCGUUGCAGAAAAUUGGGUAUCCGGAAGAAGUUGCGGAAGCCUUUUUGUGGCUAAUGAAGGACACCAAUGUUACCGGCAGCGUUGCGGAGACCAAUUCGGGAAUGAAGUUAGUGUAA